UGAGAGUGCUGCGCUCGGCCCACGAAAUCCUCGCAGCCACCCCCCAUGAAAAAUCCUCGCCGCCCCGGCGAGGCGGCGCAGCAUCCUCACCCGCUCCGGCACAGUUCUUCUCUCCGCAGCAGCCGCCGCCGCCAGCAGUUUCGUCUUCAAGUUUCAAGCCCAGUGGCCAAAGGGCCUGACGCCAUGCCGCCCCCGCCUUGCUCUUCGGCUCCUUCCUGUCUGCUUCCCAGCCUCACCCUCCGCUCCAGGCGAACCGUCGCAGCCGCUUCCUCUCCCGCGCCGGCAGGGGAGCACGGCCGCCGCCCCCUGCGGUACGCCGUCCUCGGCGCCGGCUUCGCGGGUCUCUCCGUCGCGUGGCACCUCCUCAAGCAUAGCCGGAGGGAUUCCCGCGUGUCCGUGGACAUCUACGACGAGAACGGGGUCGGGGGAGGCGCGUCGGGCGUCUCGGGAGGGCUUCUCCAUCCCUACUCGCCUAAAGUGAAGCUUCUCUGGAGGGGAGCUGAGUUCUGGAAAGAGAGCAUGGAUCUCCUCCGAAGCGCGGAGCAGGCGAAUGGAACCGCCGGAUCAGAUACCAUUAGUCUAGACGAGAGCCUUAUCUGGAGAAGGGGGAUUGUGCGGCCACCUACAACUGAGAAGGCCGCUGACAUAUUGCUGGAGAAUGCUCAGAGUUGCCUCGAGAGUUGCGGCCUUCAAGUGCUUGAUUCUGAUGCCGCGCAGCACCUGAUCCCUGGGUUGUGUGUCCCAUUUGACUUUGCAGUUUAUAUGCCACUGGCACUGAACGUCAACCCUAAGAAAUAUUUACAGGCACUGUUCUCUGCAUGCCAAAAUCUGGCAGAUGAAACAUCCUCACUACCAAGUGAGCCGAAAGAAUUGAGGCUUUACAAGCACCAUGUUGAUAAUCUACACCAAUUGGCAGGUGAUUAUGAUUCGGUGAUCAUCUGUCUUGGGGCAAAUGCUUGCUCACUUCCUGAACUUGCAAAUAAGUUGCCUCUUAGAUCCUGUAGAGGAGUUAUUGUUGAAUUCCAGUUACCAUCAGAUACAGUAGAAGAAUAUGGCAAUCAAAGCCCUUCGAUCUUAUCUGAUGCGUGGAUGGCAUUCCAAGGUCCCCGCACAGUUUCAAUUGGGUCAACUUGGCAAUGGAAGUCUGAGAACUACUCUUCAACUGUAUCUGAUGAAGAAGCUCUUACUGCAAAGGAUGAACUGCUCCCAAAAGCUUCUGGCGUUUAUCCAGGAAUAACUAAAUGGGACUUUGUGCACGCUAGGGCUGGAAUACGAGCCAUGCCUCCACUAACGGCAAAUGGAUCAUUACCACUUUUGGGUUGUUUAGAUGAAAUGAUAGGCAAGAAGAGCAACUGUAAAUUUUGGCUAGUUGGUGGGCUUGGUGCAAGAGGCCUUCUGUAUCAUGGUUUGGUUGGGAAGCUGACUGCUAAAGCUGCUAUUUCCUGUGACGAAACCAUAAUACCUUCUGAAUUCAUUUGCUGGAAGGUGAUGAAGCCUUCGCAAUGAAUAACUUUAUGCAGUUCAAAGUUCAAGCAUGUUCUCCUUUAUCAGGGAUAUUGUAGAAGUCCAAGGAGGAGGAUGGUGCAAAACCCAUGGGUACUGUCCUAAUGCAAUGACUAUGACUGCAUAUUGAAACCUGAGCAGAGACAUUUCCAGUCGGUACACGGUAAUGCUACAGACACAGAAGUAAGCUCAGGUUUUGCUUCAGAUGUCUGAGCUAACUGUUCUAAGAAUUGUGCGAGUUCUUAUGUUUUCUAUGGUGAACUCAAAUGUCGGUGCUGAAGCUUGGUUGAGCUGCAAGUCACCUUGGUUUGCCAGGAAAGCAUCGGUUAGGUGUUCAACAGAGGUCCGUGCAUUGGUUAGGUGCUCAAGUUCAACAGAGGUCCGUGGACACACUUGCCUAGAGUUCCCAAUUACACUGGAAUUGCUUUGCAUAUGCUUUCCUAAUUUGUCUCUGUUUCUGUAAACCUCUCAAAGAUUGUGAAUUUUGCCUGAGUAGAUUGUUUCAGAGUAUUAUGGCAUUCACUAACUAAGAAUUUGUAAUAAAUAGUAGGAAAUGCUUUGGAAUGUUUGAGAUUAGUCACGCCUGGACUAAUAAUAUACUUCUUCCAUUA